AUGAACACGAGGCAUCUACAGGAGGAGUGGAACAAGAACGCAUCUGUGACUCAAUCGAACCUGGAUGACCAAGGAGGAGAGACGAAGAAGUGGCUUGUAGAUGGUGUUCGCACUCAAAUCCUUCUACACGAAUUUGCAACGAUUGCACGAGAUAUGAACGCCAGUUUCCUAGAACGAACUGCUGAUUUGAUGAAAGAAAAACUUCAGUCUGGGAUUGAGAUCCAUUUGGAACGCCUUAGCUCAGCAUUGCGAGAUAAGACCGUGCAACUUUGUCCGAAUCAGAAGGAGGUUUGCGCGUCGGUUGCAGAGAAUCGAUUGGACAACUUGCAAGAACCACUUGCCUCCGAACUGUCUGACAUGAUCAUGACCACACUGAUGCCGGAGCUAGAAGCAAAACUGAAUGACAUGUCCGCCGAACUUACCACGGCCAUGUUCGAUGCAAUCGCGGGAGAUGUGAUUGAUGGAUUGGAUCAAUCGCACAGAAGAUUGCUUGAAAAGUUUAAAUCAAAAUAUAAUAUGAACAGCCCAGAUUUGAGGAAACCAAUUCGGACCAGAUGGAUGGAAGCACGUGUAUCUGAAGAUGGACCACCACGAUCCUAUCCAAUAGCGAAUUAUUUGAUGCAAGUUGCCACCGGGAAGUCUCACUCUAUUCCACUCACCUCGGGAACAAAUGUGACUGAUUUGCUUCGAUUCCGUGGUUUGGAAGAGAUGAAGCUGCAUCCAGCUAGUACAAACAGUAACAGUAGCAAUAACAACUUUGUCAGCACCAACAACACCACAAAUAACAUCAGUAACAAUAACGCCCACAGUGAAAACACCAGCAGCAGCAGCAGCAGCAGCAGUAGUAGUACAUUAGUCAACAAUAAAAGCAAACCCAACGGUAACAGUAUCGGCAGCAGAAGCAGCAGCAGCGGUAAAGACAGUAAAGACACCGACAACAAAAAGAACAACAAUGCCAACACUGACAGAAGCAUCGGAAGCAAUGGCAGUACUGAUACUGACAAUGACAACAAAAAAGGCCUGGGACGCUCAGUCUCCUUGUUUAGCAAAGAAAAAUCAUUGGAAGAGUAUGAGGAAAGCUGGAAGAACAAAGAUAAAGAUCAUCUCUAUUCAGGAUCUUUGAGGGAUCGUUCAAGUCAAAGAAUCACAGCGGAUCCGAAACAAAAAAUCCCGGUGCAACGAAUACCCUAUUGUUGUAAUCGGCCCGACAGUCUGAACAAAUUUGGCUACGAGGCACGAAUUACUUUUGAGGCGGCGAAUAGAAAUAACGGAGACAGUGAAGAGGAUAAUGCCGACUCGUAUGAGGAUCUGUUUGAUGAAAACAAUGAUACGACCAUGUUUAUGGAUUACGAGGCCAGUCGUAGACCGGAUAUUUACACCUGUGCCUGGACGAAAUUGCAAGAGCAGAAGGAGGAGGGUAAAUUGUAUCAUCACCCCGUGUUCAUCGAAAAGCGGUCACACUUGAUGGAAAAUAAUUUCACAGAACGCUAUUAUCAAAUUCAACCCGAAUCGUAUCAGUAUUACAACUUCACGCAUCACAGCCCGGAAAAGCCAUUGGACGAUCAGGUAUACACAUGGGAAAAUGUCGAUCGGUUCAAACAAGUGGACUCGGACAAUCGUUCCUCACCGAAAGUGGAUUCGUUCCGGCUGGAACCGGUUGUCCUAACUGGUACCGGCUCGUUACGCGAUCGCAGACCAAGACAGAUUGCACUAGAUGACGAGCCCCGUUCUGUCCGGGAGGACAUGAUGCAUCCGCCGAUAUCUUAUCGAACCACCAUGGUUUCGCAAUUCCCUCGUUACUGUAUUGAUGACACGUUCCACGAGGAUCGACCAAAACGGGGUCCAAGACGAGGAAGCAGUGAACCAAGUUUAUGGUGGGAAGAGACAUUCAUGAAGGAAUUGUACNUUGCGGGCAGCUCGGAAUCGGACGAGGAAGACGAGGAGGCGCGAACAAUUUCACCCGGCGGAACAUGGAAUGGGAAUCGGACCGGGAACGUCAGAUGCACCACCCGUCCGAAUGCCAGUAUCAGAACAACGAAACCACAAAAACAGACUGAUGCGGAAACAUCCUGUGUGUCGGGGGGUGAACCCAAAUCAUUAACAGUGACCAAAUCGACCCGAAUUGUGCAGAACCAGGAUGCCACGGAUUGGACACCGGCUGACCACACCGCUGGCACGAGUUUCCCCAGCUCAUGUCCGGAGAAUGAGAGUCCAAUGCAACGAUUCAAUCAGUACAGUUUCACUCUGAAUCGUCCGCAACGGCAACGCAGUAGUCCGUCGAUGUCCUAUCUGAACACUCAGUAUGUGCCUGAUGUUCGACAUUCCACUAUUCCGCGAACAAUUGUGGUGCCAGAACUAUCUUCAGAUAAAUAUGGGAAUGUAGACUCGGUCGAUGCUGCAAAGGAAAGUCAAGAAAGAAGCAAACAUUUCGCCCGACUCAAACUAUUCUUCGAAGAGAACUGCUCACAACGUCAAACACCGGAACCGCCUGUAACCCGAUUCAAUCCAAAGCUCACUCGGCGAAAAACCAUUGGCACUGGAGGUGGAGAAACAAGUGGUCGCACGUCCAGUGUGGGCGAAGAUGGUCCCGAGUCCGCACGUGUGGUUUCCAUUGGGGGCAGUGGAGUGACGAGUAGCGGGGCUGGAACAGGUCCUGCCAGCACCACGACCACAACAACACCAACCAGUAAACCUCUGACCGGACCGGGGCAAAAACCUCAAUUGACCAUGGUUGAGAUCAAACGUAAUCCGCUCCCGCUUUCCCCUACCUCAUCUCUUUCACCGACACCCCCACCGCUGACACUGUCCGCGACCAAUCCGACACGAUCUCAGUCCAUGUUAAAAUCACAACCGCCGAGACAACCCUCGCCGGUGUCGAGCACCAUUACGACCACAACUGCUCUAUUGACCGCAUCGAUGAAAGAUGACGGGGAUACAGACGAUCCGCCCUCACUAAGUCGUUAUGUUAAAAUUGUGAAAAUUUUAGUAACCUCGGUGGUAUUUGAACCCACGCAUCGACGCCGCCCACACUUUUGUACACCGCACGCUCUACCAGCUGAGAAGUCAAGUUUACGUGACGAUACGGAUACGGAACACAUAACAGAUCCGACCCUAUUCAAAUUGAUGGCCGGUGUGCUGGACUCGGAUGUGGAAACAGACGCGGAGGGGCGAAAGUCGGUCCGAGUUCUUGGUAUUCCGAUGCCUGGAUUGGUCGGACCGAAAGCGCAAAAUAUUCUGGCAGAGAUAAAGCAGAAAAAUCAGCUAAGAUCUCAAGAGUCUCGAUCCGGUAAGGUUCACUGA